AUGGAAAACUAUGAAUCUCCCUCAGAAGUUUUAAAAAAAAAAGAAAAAGAAAGAGAAAAAAGUGCAAAAUUAAAAUUUAUUGAUAUUUUUAAUGAUAAUGAUGAAGUAAGUAAAGAUGAAAAAACUCUCAUUGAUUUAGUUGAAAUGAAAAAAAAGAAAAAAAAAAAAAAAAUAAAAAACAAAAAUGAGCAAUUGUCUUUUUAUGAUGAAGCUUAUAAUGUAAGUUUGAGUAAUUUUUUAAACUCAAAUUUUUCUAAUUAUCAUGCGAAUGUAGAUAAAAAUGAUAAUUGUAUGAAUGAAAAUUAUAAAAACUUGAAUUUAUAUAACGGUUAUGCAUACGAUAAUUACAAUAUUGGAUAUAUGGUUAAUGAAAUUUAUAGAUUAAAAGCAGAAUUAGAAAAUUCCGUACAAAAAGAAAAUAAAAAAAAUGAAGAAAACAAGAUAUUAGAAGAGAAAAAUUCUAUUUUGAGUAAAAGUAUUGAAGAUAUGAAAAAUGAAAUAGAAAAGCUAAAAAAUAUAUAUGAUGAAGAAAUUGAUAAAAUAAAAGAAUCAUAUAAUAGAAGAAUGGAUAUUUUAAAAAAUGAAAUGGAUGAAAAAGAAAAUUAUUUUAAGAAAAAGAUAGAUAAUUAUGAAAAAGAAUCAAAUAUGCAACUGAAUGAUUAUGAAAAUAAAUAUUAUAAUGAAAAAAAAAAAAAUGAUGAAAAAGAUUGCUUAAUAGAAAAUUUAAUAAAAGAAAAAGAAGAAAUUACAAAACAAAGCAAAAUUAGUAUAGAAUUUUAUGAAAAGAGAAUAGAAGAAAUGGAUAACAAUAUUAAAAAAUUAUCAAGUAUGAUAAAUGAAGAGCAAGAAAAGAAGGAACAAUUAAUAGCAAAAAUUGAAAAAAAUGAAAAAGAAAAAAUAAAAUUUAAUAAUGUAAUUAGUCAAAAAAACAGUAUAAUUAAAAAUAUGGUAAAUGAUAUUCUAAUAAUAAAAAAUUCAUACGAAGAAUUAGUGAGAGAAAAAGAAUUAAAUGAUUUAAAUAAAAAAAAAUUUGUUAAAAAAAUAGAAGAAAACGAAAAAGAUUUACUAUAUUUAAAAAAUAGCAUUGAAGGAUACAGAAUAAAUAAUGAAAAAUUGAGAAAAUAUAAUGAAAUUCUAAAUGAUGAUAUUAGAAAAAAGGAAAAAUUAAUCAAUACCUUACAAAAUGAAAAUUGCUUUUUAAAGAAAGAAAAUAUGGUAUUCAACAAAAAUUUUCUAAGUAUAAAAAAAACCAAAAAUAAUAAAGUAAAAAAUUAUUCUAGUGAUUCAACAGAUGUUCAAGGGAAAGAUGAGCAGACAAAUGAUGAUUAUGAAGAUGAAUAUGAUGAAGAUGGAAAUAAAAAGGAUGAAAAUGGAAACGUCAAUGAAAAAAGGGAGCACAAAGAAGGAAAUCAAAGUAAUAAUGAAGGGGAUGAUGAAGAAGAAGAUGAUGAAGAAGAAGAUGAUGAAGAAGAAGAUGAUGAAGAAGAUGAGGAUGAUGAAAAAAUAAAGAAAUAUAGUGAAUUAUCUGAAGAUAAUAAAUAUGCAAAUAAAGAAAGGAAAAAAAAAAGUAAUUUACAAAAGAAAAAAGAAAUAUUAAAAAAAAGGAAAAUAUAUUCAAAAAAGAAAAAUGAUAAUAACAUAUGCCCCAUUAAAGGAAAUAAAUAUUCUAAUUGUAAAAUAAGCUUAUAUGAGAAAAAUGAGAAUAAAGAAAAGUAUUUAAUGGGAGAUGAUAAUUGUAUUGCUAGUAUUGAAAAGAAAAAUAAUAAUGAUAAUUAUUUAAAUAAUAACAAUAAUAAUGAUUGCAGUAAUAAUUAUUCUACUAAUUUAAAUUGUUACAACAAUAAGAUUGAAGAUGAUGGCAUAGAAAAAGAAAAAAUAAAGUUUUCAAACGUAAAAAGUAAUUUAAUUGAUUUAAAUAAUUUAAAUUACCAAUUAUUAAAAAAAUCAUCAAACUCAAAUUUUUACUCUAACAUUAUAGAAAGUAAUAGAUCAGAAGAAAAAAAAAAAAAAAAAAACUAUUAUUGUAAUUUAAAUAGUAGUAAUAUAUUUAAUAAAGAAUUAAACAGUAAUAAAUAUUUGUAUGAUUUAAAUUUAUAUAACUUAAAAAAGUGUAAAAUUUUUAGUUUUAGUAACAAUUUAGCUCCUGAAAAAAAAAUAUGUAGUAACAGUACCCUCGAUAAUAACAAAAACUUUUUAGGAAGUAUAAAUCGUUCCCAAUUAAAAAAUAAAAUUAAUAAAAAUUAUAAUAAUGAGAAGGAAAUCCUUUUUCGUAAUUUGAAAAAAAUUACUUCAAGUAGUUCUUUUAGUGAAGAAAUAGAAAAGGAAAAGGAUAUUACUAAGAUUCAUGAGUAUUGUAUAAAUGAAGAUAUAGAUAAGAAUAAAACAAUUGAAUUCUUUCUUUCAAAUAUAAAAAAUGAAAAAUUGAAUUCUAAUAAUAUGAUGAAAAGAAAAGAAAACCUAAAGAAAUUAAUGGAUGAUAAAAAAUUUUCAAGUAACAGUUUAACAAAAAAAAAAGAUGACAUAAAUGGAUUAUUAAAUGAUAAUAUUUUUCAGAGUAACAAUCUGAUAAAAAGUAAAGGAAAUGUAAAUAAAUUAUUAAAUAGAAAUUAUUUUUCUAAUAAUUACAUUAUUAAGAGUAGCCAUAAUAAUUUCUUAAAAGGUAAUGAAGUUAACAACUUUAGUAGUCAAAGUAACAUAAGAUCUUAUAUAUUGAGUAAGUAUAAAAGUAAAAGCAAUAUAUAUGGUUUGUUUAUUAUUAAUGAAAGAUUAAAAAAUAUUUAUAAAAAUAUUGAAAAUAAAAAGAAAUCAAUAAGUAAUUUUCCAAUAGAUCUAUCUAAAAUAGAAAGUGUAAAAAAUUUAAGUAACUCUUUUAGUAUUUUAGAAAAAGAAUAUUUAUGUAAUAAUUAUAAUGAAGAUGCAUCUUUAUUACUUUCAAAAAAAAAAAAAAGAGAAGAAUUUUCUGAUUUACAUGAAGAAAAUGAUAAGAAUUUAAUUAACUUAAUGAAUAGCUGCAAAAUCAAUGAUUUUGAAAAAGAAAAGAAUAAUUCUAAUAAUUUUUUUAUUUUAGAAAAUAGUAAAGAUCUCAUAAAAAAUGAUAAUUUAAUAACAAAAAAUAAGGAAUUAUUAAAAUGCAAUAACAAAAAUGAAAAUUUAAAAACUUCCUCUAUUUCAUACGAAAUUAAUAGUUCUAAUAAGAAUACAAAUAAUAAAUAUGUAGGAAAAGACAAAAACGUAUUCUCAAAAAGCGAAAAUAUAUUUGAAAGUAAUAAUAGUUCUUUUUUUUAUAAUGACUUGAAGUUAAAAAAUGAGGAUGUUAUUUCAAAAAUGAAAAGAAAUGUAGAAUAUAAACAAGUUGAAAAAGAAGAUAUUGAACUUAAAAAGAAUUGUGAUAAAAAAAAGGAUGAUAUAAAUAAAGAAAUUUACAAAAAAGACAAUUGCAAAAAAGAAAAUAAUGAAAUUAAAGAAGACGAAAAGGAUAGUGAAGAAGAACAUGAAGAACUAUAUAAAGAACGUAAUGAAAAAUACAAAGUUGAAAAUGAGGAAGAAGAAAGUAAAAAAGUAAAAAAUCAGGAGAAUAGAAAUAAUAAAAAAAAUAGAGAUGAUGAUGAGCUUAAAGAAAAAGAAAAAAUUUACAAAAAUUAUUUAAAUAAGAUAAAAAUGAAAAAUAUAGAAAGAAAUGAAGAAAUUAAUUCAAACGAAAAUAUAGAAGAGGAAAAAAAAAAUAACUCUAACUCAAAUGAUAUAUUUAAUACAAAUUUCGAUAAUUUUUUGUUAUCGUAUAAAUGUAAAAAAAAAGAAUCUCAAGAUUUCUCAUUAAAAAAUAAGAUAUUUGAUUUUUUAAAAAAAAAAAAUAGACAGGUUGGUCAUUUCUGUGAAAAUAAUGAUAUAAACGAUAAAGAAAACUCUUAUUUUGAAAAUUACUAUAAAAAAUUAAAACUUUUAAGAAACAAAAAUACCAUGGAAAUAGACAGUUUAAUAAAUAAAGAAAGUAAUUUUAACGAUAAUUUAUUGAACAAUAAAAAAAAUUUUCUUAAUGAAAAUACAUAUACAAAGAAAGCUAUUAAUUAUGGCGAUAUCUUCAAUACAAUAAAUGAAAAAAAUGAAAGUGAGGAAUUUCUUUUUAAUAGUAAUUUCAUAGCUAACAAUCAGAAAAAUAAGAGUAAUUUAGAAUAUCAUAAAAUUGUAAAAAAUGAAAAGGAUGAUGAAUAUUAUGUUAAGUUAAUUAAUGAUCAAAAAGAAAAUAUUAUUGAAGCAAAUAUAGAAAAAAACAAUUGCAUAAAUUUUAUUAAUCUUAACAAUAAUAUAACUAGAAAAAAUGAAGAAAUUUUCAAAUCUCCAAAAGAAUAUAGGAAAUAUUCAAAUAGUAAUAAUUCAAAUAGUAGUAGAAGUACCGAUUCAAAUAUUUUAUAUUCAAACACUUGA